AUGUACCUGCUGGGGCUAACGUCUGCAGGCGCACCUGCAGGUUCAAAUGCUGCCUCUGGCAGUAAUCGGAGACUACAGCAGACACAGAACCAAGUGGAUGAGGUGGUGGACAUCAUGCGUGUCAACGUGGACAAAGUAUUAGAACGAGAUCAGAAGCUUUCUGAGCUGGAUGACCGUGUAGAUGCCCUCCAGGCAGGAGCAUCUCAGUUUGAAACGAGUGCUGCCAAGUUGAAGAGAAAAUAUUGGUGGAAGAAUUGCAAGAUGUGGGCCAUUGGGAUCAGCAUUGUGAUUAUCGUCAUCAUCAUCAUUGUUGUGUGGAGUGUCUCUUCGUGA